AUGGGGAAUGCAGCCUGUACAACUUUGAAAUCAUGCAAUGUGAACACAGAUGGACAAAAUCAAGUGUUACAAAUCACAAUCAAGCGCGGAAAAGACGAUACAUCAAGAGCGAAGCCACCUCCAAGCUUGCAGUUAGAGGUUGAUCUCGGUGAGAUUGUCUCUCCGUGCAUCGAUGUUAUGUUCAUCUGUAGUGAGUGGGGCUCUAAAAAGGGAGGACUCUCAACGUUCAACAGAGAGCUAGCUGUGAAUCUAGCGAAUAUAUCAAACGGCAGAAUCAAGGUUCACUGCUACGUAUCUGAAAGCAGCGAAGCGGAAAGGCAAGAUGCAAGCAGUAAAGGAGUGAAUCUUAUUACCGCUAAGCGCUCUCCAGGAUCUAGCGAUCCCUUAGAUUGGCUAAAAACUCCGCCGUCAGAUAGAUUAAAUCCUGAUGUUGUGGUGUCUCACGGGAGGAAAUUUGGUAGCGCCGCUUAUUUCAUUCAAAUGAUCACAAACUGCCGUUGGAUACAUUUCGUGCAUGUCAAUUGCGAAGCUCUUGGAAAACACAAAUUGGAAUGUAGCGUCACGGCGGAUGCGAUUGCCGAUAACGAAGAGAAGAACAGACAAGAACUCGAACUCUGCAGAGCAUCUGAGUUAGUUGUUGCAGUAGGCUCUCUGCUACAAAGAAAAUAUCAAAGAAGUCUGCCAGAUAUUAAAGUAGAGGUCAUUACUCCAGGGAUUUUCGAAGAGUAUAUCAAUCCGGCUGCAACGCAAUCCGAGCGUGAAUUAUCAGAGGAAGACUUCAGUAUAUUUAUGUUCGGUCGUGGAAGCUUUGAGGACUUUUCCCUCAAAGGAUAUGACAUCGUUGGAAAGGCUGUGGCUUCUCUGGAAAGAAAAUUUGAGCUCACAUUUGUCGGUGCGGCACAAGAUGAACAAAGGAAGAUAGAAACGUGGUUUCUGGAGGAAACCAAAAUAUCACGUAACCAGUUAACCAUUCGUGGCCUCUGCAGUUAUGAACAAAUUAAAACAAUGUUACGUGAAGCGGACUUAGUCGUCAUGCCGUCCCGCACAGAGGGCUUUGGUUUGGUUGCGCUGGAGGCAAUAUCAGCUGGUGUACCUGUUCUUGUCUCCAGUGAAACUGGAAUUGCCAAAGCCCUUCAAGACUUAGAGAAUGGGAUGUCCGUGGUUGUCAAAACAGAUGUAUCUGAUGAAUGGGCGAAUAGAAUCUUUCGUUUGUCAAAACAGACACGAAGAAACAGACAUAUUACUGCCUUGCGGCUUAGAGAGCAAUAUAAGUUAAAGUAUUCGUGGGAGAACGAGUGCAAGAAAUUUGAGAAGAUGAUCCUUGAGUUAGUGAAAAUCACUGAUCAAAAUGAAAUUCCCUUAAAUCGUCGUUUGACAGGUAUGCAUUUUUUUCCUAAUGUUGUUUUUGCAUAGUUUACCUCAAAAUGCUUCAAUACUAAGAAAUUUACUUCCAACUGGAAAGUCUGUGAAUAGGCUCGGAUGUAAUUUCAAGUAAUGAAGUCAAUUUGACCCUAAUUGCUUAGAUUUCCCGAUGAAUAAAUCAAAUUUUCUCAUAAGUGGAAAGUGUUUGUGUGUAUUGGACAACAUUCCAUUAAGAGCACCAGCUAGUGAGAUAAUUUGUCUCAUCUGCGCGUAUAAAAUUCACAGUUCCCUGAAAAUGAAAGCCUUUUCAGUUUCCAAGUUUUCAUCAUUGUUAAAAAUGUUUCAUUCUAAACAUUAUGUUGAAUUCAACCUACUAAGUAAUGUUUAUAAUUACAAAACCCUUUGUGUAUGUGUAGUAAAACCACUGUGUUGAUUAAUGGGUUGCCCUCAAAAGUGAAGAUGUAUAUUGUAUAUUCACUGAGUCCUCUGUGGACGUGAGUUUUUACUGGGAUCUCUGUAUCUCUGUGGACAUAAUCUGAUCAUGAUGCAGCAAUAUUCAAUUAUUAGACAACACAACUCUGAAGGAUGCUCUGAAAGCAGUUCUCAAAGCAGAUGACGUACAAUCUCCCAAAAGUGAAGACGGGGGGCUGUUAAACGCAGGUGUGUAAUUUGUGCCAUAAGAAUGUUUUCAAGAGGUAAGAAUGGGGCCAGGCAGUAAUUACAGGCAACAAAUGGUAAGAAACACUAAUAUCAAUGAAUUUGGGGCAUGAAAAAAUUUUGAAGUAAAACUAUCAAAUGACUUAAAUUGACAAUCUAUGUUCUUAAGUGCGUGAUCAGUUUAAGAUUUUGCUUAAGUAAUGGUGUUGCCAAAAAAUUCAUUUUGACGAAAUUAAGUUUUCGUCAAAAUGACAUGAUGUUAAAACAUACUGGAAUUCAUGCCACUGUAUUAAUAAUUUAAUUUAUAUGGCUAUAUGUUUUUUUCUGUUGCUUGAAUUUUCUAUUUUUCAAAUGCCUCUUGAUUUUUUUUUCGUGAACGCUUCUUUAUUGGUUGUGACCGCAUGAGUAUGAAUCUUAUUUCCAUCUUGAAUAGAUCCAAACAUUUUAAAUGAAGAAACAGAGCGAACCGAGAGAAGAAAAGAAGGAGAGAAAGCAAUAGGUAUGCAUGUGAACCUGUUUUUUAGUGUGCCAGAAAAAGCUAUGUCUAUUCUCAUCACCAGCUGUUAUCGGAAUUAAUAUGUUAUUACAUUUUUGUAUUUCAUCCUCUGAAUCAAGAUCCAGGAACUUCAGAUAAAAAAGCAAAACAAAUAAACAGCAGCCGCCAACUUGUAAAACAAGCAGGUAUGUCCAUCAACGUCAUGUUUUUGCACUAUAUAAAAAUGAAAAAUUGGUAUCACGUUUCAUAUAACGUGAUGAAAUCAAUACUAUAAAUCUAUUGGGACUGUAUGUACAACUAACUCUAUUUCUAUCUGCAGCCUUUAGAGAUAUAUAAACUUAUUACUGUUGUACUUUGUCUUGUGUAGAUCCAGACACUUCCAAUAAAAAAGCAGAACAAACGACAGAAAGAAAGACAGGUAGGCAAGGGGCAGCUACAUAUAUUGAACAUAUUUUGUAGAGUGCCACAAAAAAAUGCAAAUCAUUUCUUGUUUCAGUACCUUUUGUAGACCCAAUUUAGUGAGGAUAUUUCGAUAUCCUCUCUACUGAUAUGAGGGUAUGAUUUGAUUAUUUUGACCACAGAUGGAGCCAGGUCUUUCUUUGAUUUGUGAAUGGUAAACAGCUGUCUGGCUUUCAUCAGAAAAUUACAACCUAUUUAAAACCAAUUAAGAAUUCUUCUGAGUUAACAUACAGCAAGUCUUAUAUAGUGUGCGUAAACUGAACAGUUCCUUGAGGUAACAUAUUCUUGGGAACCCAAUGUCGGCUUGUUGUAUAUUCUACCAAUCCAGUAUUUUUGGUAUUGGUGAAAUGAUCCAAGGAAUUUUAAACUUUAAAAGCAGUGAAACAGAUAAAAAAAAAUGACUGGAAAGAGCUAAUACUUUAAGUUACGGAGGUGUAUUAAUUGCAGUUUAUAAAUAUACUUAAAUCAGUUUCCUGUGCAGACCAUGACACCUUAGAUAAAACAAGAGAAACACAAAUGGAGGCAAGAAAUUACCUUUUUUAAAAUAUUAUUGGUUACAUAACUUUAAAUAAACAUUCUGAACUUAGGGAUAAUUUUGAUUGUUCAUACUUUCACUCUACAGGUGAAAAAAAGUCAGCUUUUUCUUUAUUUUGUGUACAAGUCCACAGCUGCUUACUUACAUAGCUUUCUGUAGGAUUAAAUUAUAAGAAAUUUAGAAGCUGUUUUAAAUUGACUAACAUAUUCUAGUUUGGUUCUUAAAAUAUACAGAGUACACUAAGAUGAACAUUUCCUUUCAGUGCUAAUAAUAAAAAUCCCAAGACUUUUCAUUUUCACUGACUUCCUAAAAUCAUCAUAGUACUUAAAGAACGGCAUGAUUGUAACGUCAGUGUUGUCAUUCUAUGCAGCUCCAGGCACCCCAAAUGAAACAAAAGAACAAAUACAGGAGGACAAGGAAGUAGUGCAAGCAGCAGGUAUGUAAUAUUUACCUACUUGCAGGAUCCUCGAGGUAAACAAAAACUCCUGUAGAAGAGUGUUGUCAGUGACAGCUGAGACUAAUAUUCUGAAAAUUUUAGUAGAUGUCAUCUUGAGAGUCAAAUCACUUGACUAAUAUUAACUUCACAGCUAUCACCAAUACCGCGAGACCUUUCCAGAAGUAGUUUUACCUGAAGCGUCAGAUUAUUUCACGGAGAAAAAGCUGUCAUUCAAUUUUACUGAGAUUGAUUUAUAUGGCCUCUAAUACGCUAAGAAAGUAAAUUUCCCUGGCUUGUAAGAUAAGUGCAUUGUUGUCUGUGGAAGCAAAGGGUAUGAUUCUUGACCAGUUAUUUGAUCAGAAUUUAAUCAAAAGUCAGGCUGGCGUCUGAAAUUUUGUAUUUUUUUUCAGACCUAAUCAAUCUUUUAUGAUUUUUUUUUUUCUUUUUUAAGACUAAAAAUCUGGGUUAAAAUGGGGGAAUCAAUUAGUUCUUUUUGUCAGAGACAAUGUAAGAGUUUCAAAAGGCAAUUGCCCAGUCAUCCUACUCUAAAAAAUUCAGAGGUACCCUCCUUAGUGCACAUUUAAUACUAAUCAUUCAUAGUAUUACCCUGGGUAUUUAGAGUUUCUUAGGUAUAAUUAUCUUAAGUUUUCAUGCAAGUUCAGAUCUACAGACUGUCAACAAAAAAGAAAAGAAAAAAUGAAUGCAUGAAAGGCGGUGUUUACAUUACGUAGAAAUGGUCAUAAAUGCGAUGUGCUGCUAAAAUGUGAUUACUUUCAAAUCAUUUACUAUGCUGUUUAAUUUCACUGGUAUAAUAUACUUUAUUAUAAAGUUCGGAGAUAAUGUGCGUUGUCUUUGGUUGAAAAAGCGCGCUCUAUUAGACUACGUCUCGUGUUUGUCCCCACUCUUAUUUCGUACUCUCACCGCUUCCUGUGUGCUUUAAAACAGACCACAACACAGUCAAGGCUUCUCCAUUUGUUAAGUAUGUGAAGUUAAAUGUUAGCAAAACUGUAAUGGAGAUAUGCUAAAUUGAAUGGAACUCAGACUUCCGAGAUUUUAUACAGUAUGUGUAAAAACUUUUAUGGCUAUGAAAUUUUCAGCCCUCAUUCUAUAAAAAUCUUUUUGCAAAUGUCAAUAGAGGAGAUGUAAUUUUUAUCCUAGUUAUUUAAUAAUAAGUUUAAGACUACUGAGUUAACUAUACUACUAAAGAAACUCCUGGAGGGUUUGUUUAUGCUCAUUAUCCGUGUUUACAGUAACUGAAAUACUCCCACGAUCCUUCAAUCUCACCUUCCUUAAGUAAUGUUUGUCUCUCAUUUUCCUUCUCUAACAACUCUAUUGUAGGUGACGCCUAUGUGAACCAAGACAUGGAGGAAAGUGUUGUUCUGCUUUUCUCUGCUGCAAGUGAAGAUGAUGUCGCUGAAAUUGAAUCCUUGCUCUCUCGUGGAGUUUGUAUUGAUUCGCGAGAUUCGCAAGGCUGGACGCCGGUAAUGAUUGCUGCUGGAAAUGGCAAGGUACAAGCGGUGAAGUAUCUGAUCAGUAGAGGAGCUGAUCUGGGUCUGCGAGACAACAAUGGCAGGAAUUCGUUACAUUGGGCCUCACUAUGUGGUGACGUUGUUGUCAUCCAGCUACUGGUCAGUCAUAUGACUGAUAUUGACCCAAGAACUGCCACUGGUAGGACACCGCUAAUGCUUGCUGCUGAAAAUGGAAAGGUGCAGGCGGUAAGGUGUCUGAUCAUGAAAGGAGCUAAUCCGGCCUUACGACACAGGACUGGAUGGAAUUCGUUACAUAUAGCCUCACGGUAUGGUCACGUUGAUGUCAUUGAGCUGCUGGUCAGUCACAUGACAGAUAUUGACUCGGAAGAUGCCUGGGGUUGGACGCCGCUAAUGAUUGCUGCUGAAUAUGGCAAAGUACAGGCGGUGAAGUGUCUGAUCAGUAAAGGAGCUGAUCUGGCUUUACGACACAGGACUGGAUGGAAUUCGUUACAUUUCGCCUCACUACGUGGUCAUGUUGAUGUCAUUGAGCAACUGGUCAGUCACAUGAAUGAUCUUGACUAA